AAUUUUCAUUGUCGUUAUCCUUGUCUACGGCGUUAUCUAUCUACAAAAUUCCGUAAACAAGAUGCCGCGAAGAAGUUAUUGGCUCCAGAAUUGAAAUUGGCCGUAUACGUUUGCUUUGAUAUUAAUCAUUUGCAUGGAUUUUUUAAACUAUGGAGAGUGACAAAAGUGCCGACAAUGAGAAAGAGCUAACUUCUACCAGUAGCUCGGAUAUGAGCCAGCUCCUGUCAACAAAUAAAGAGGAAAAAAGUGAUUCCAGUGAUACAUUACCUACUUCGUCUACAGACGCUAGUACUUCUUUUAAAUCAACAAAUUUAGUUUCGGAUGAUCCCAUUAGUAGUACCUCAUCUGAAAUGGAUUCAAAUAAAGCCAAGAAAGCUUCAAGUGAAUUACAAAAACCAAAUUUUGAUGCAGAAGAAGAUUUGCUAGAUAUAUCAAUAUCAAAUCAACCUGCUGAAAAAAUUGAAGAGAAUGUAGAUGAUUUAGUAAAUGAUCUGGAAACUUUGUUAGGGGAAUCAUCGGAAUCAUAUAACUUAUCUUUUAGAGGUGCCAAAGCUAUUGAGCUAGAGAAAAUAUCAGAUGAAGAAGCCAGGAAGUCUCCCACAAAAUGCUUACUAGAAGAUGAAGUUUCCAGUAAUACUACAUCUAGCAUUGGAAAUAAACUCAAUUCAGAAUUAGAUAUUUUAACUUUAGAUUGUGCAACUAAUAUUGAAACUCAUAACUUGAAAGAUAGCGAUGAGGGUAGUAGUGAGAACAUAGGAAUAGAAGAAAUCAUAUCUGACACGGUAUCUCCAUCAAUGGAAGGAGUUACCAAUGAUUUGAAAGUUAUAUCUGAUCCAAAUAUUGCAGAUUUGAAAAGUGAUUCUACGGAAUCAAAAACUGAAAAAUCAUCAGAAUGUUAUGAUGCAGAUGAUGUUGUUACACCACAAGUAAAUGAUAAUUCAGUUAAAUUAGAAGAACAAAUUACUGACCAAACUGCUGACUUAAAAAGUAUUGCACAAAAUGUAGUUGAAGUGGUACAUGAGUCAGCUGAGAAUAAAAUAGAUAUGAAGUGUGUCUCAAAUGAUGUAGAUUCUAAACCAGCAGAGAUUAUUCCACCUACAGAAGGUGUAUCUUCUGAAAAGGUUUUAUGUUUGACAGACAUUGUAGAGAAAGAAAGUAUUGAGAAUGAAAAUGAGAAAGUUACAAUUUUCUCAGAUGAUAAAAAUUCUGAAAUAUCAGAAGUUAUUGAUGCAGAUACAAAAGAGGAAGUUGUGAAAACUGAUAAUGAUGAAGCUGUAGAUGUUAAUAUAAGUAAAGUCAGUGAUGAUAUUGAAUUAACAAAGGUUAGUCAUGUUGAAAAUGACUUGGAGAAUAAUGAAAACAGUGCCACAAAUGUGAAAAAUGAUGAAGCAAGUGAGAAAAUCAAUACAUACGAUGAAACUCCAGCAUCAGAUAUUGAAAAUAUAGAAAAAACAACUGAAGUAAAAGAUAAUUUUGUCGAUAAUGAUGAAGAUGGUAGUCAUGAUAGAAAGAUAGAACAAGGAGACAAUAAUGUUUCUGUGACUGAAGGUGGUAGUCCAAAACUUGUUCAAGAUGAAGGGAAUUCUAAUGAAGCUGAUGAUAAAUCCAAUGAUCAAUACACCUUUAAUAUUGAUGAAGAAAAUUCUGAAGAGGAAGAUAGUGGAACUAAAAAGAAAACUUCAGAUAGUAAAUCAGAGUCCUUACAAGAUGAAAAAGAAAUUAAAGAAGAUUUACUUGAUGCAGAUGUAAUACCUGACAAAUUAGAAAAUGAAGCAUCAAAAGAGAAGUCCUUGCAGGAUACUACUGAAAUUUUGUCAGGAAAUGUUGCAUCACCUAAUGUAGAUACACCUUCUGAAGAAUUAGAUAUUGAGCCAUCAAAUGCAAAGUUAUCUGAUACCAACGUAAAUAUGUCAGAAAAUUUGGCACCAGACAAUUCAGAAUUAAAAGAAAUGGAAACAGAUGAAGUUGAAAAUUAUAAAGAGUCAGAUACAAGUGAUGCACUUAAACCAUCAGAAGAUAAGACAAACUUAAGUACUGAUACUAUUCAAAUUGAAAUGGAAAAGCAAGUUGAAAAUGUUGAUUAUUCAAAGUCAGUGGAGUUAUGUGAAACUGAAAAACAUGAUAAUUUGUUCAUAGAAGGUAAACCAGCUCAACUAGAACAAGUAGGAAAGUCAGUAGAGUUAAGUGAAGCACAGGGACUUGAGAAUUCAGCCAUGAAAUGUGAAGAAACCAUUGUUGCUACAGAAUCAGCUCAUCAAGAACCUGAGGAAAAUCCUCAAUCAGAUAUGACAUCAAAAACAGCAGAUCCUCCACAGUCUCUUAGUUCUCAAUCUGAAGCAGAUGAUAAUGCCAUAGAAAAUGAGAAGGAUGCAGAAGCUGAUACACUAGAAGCAUCAAAAGUAGCAGAUCCAUCAAAUUCUAUUAGUUCUCAAUCUGAAACAGAUCUUAAAACCAUAGAAAAUGAGAAAGUUGCUGAAACUGAUACACUAGAAGCAUCAAAAGUAGUAGAUCCUUCAAAUUCUAUUAGUUCUCAAUCUGAAACAGAUCUUAAAACCAUAGAAAAUGAGAAAGUUGCUGAAACUGAUACACUAGAAGCAUCAAAAGUAGUAGAUUCUUCAAAUUCUAUUAGUUCUCAAUCUGAAACAGAUCCUAAUACCAUAGAAAAUGAGAAAGUUGCGGAAGCUGAUACACUAGAUAAGGAGAUAGAAAUAAAAAUAAAUGAGGAAGAAUCAGAAGCUAUUAAUUCAGAAUCAGUUGAAUUAGAACCCAAAGAUAAUUAUGUUAAAGAGCAAAAAUUAGUUAAACAAGAUCGCAUUAGUAAAGUAAGUGAAGAAGUCAUAAAAAAUGAGGAUUUAGUUGAUGCUAAGGAUGAUAUGCCUAUAAUUCAAGAGAAUCUUGAAGUUGAAUCAGAAAGCACUCAAACUAUGGAAUUAGAAAAAGAAUCUGUUUUGGAAAAUACAGUUAAAAACCAAGAAGAUAUCAAUGUUGAUAUUAAAUCAGUUACAGCCUCAUUGAAGAAUCCAUUGGAAGCAAAAUCUUCAAAGGUUGCAGUUGUAGAAGCACAAAAUUUAGAAAGUGAAAUUAUUGACAAAUCUGAAAGUGAAACAGGAGUUUCUGCCCAUCCAGAAUUGCUUUCUCAAAAGCCUGUACCUAUGGAACAAACACAAGAUGAUAAUGAUACAGAGAAUGUAGAGAAAGCUGAAGUUGAUAUUAAAAUUCCAGAUUUAUCUGAAACUGAAAAUAAAGCAUCUGAGACUAAAACAGAGCUUUCAGUUGAGUCAGAAUUGCUUCCUCAAAAACCUGUACCUGAUGAAGAAGAAAAACAUGAAGAUACUGAAAAUGUAAAGACGAAAGAGGUCAAUAUCCAAAGUCAGAAUGAAGUAGAAGCAUUACCAAAAAAAUUAGCACCUACAACAUCAAUAUUUGAUGAGAAAAAGACAAUAUCAGAAAUUAAUAUACGAAGGAAAACAGUUGAGCAAGAUUUAGAAAAAGUUGUUUGUCUAAGUGAAGAAUCAUCUGACUCGGAUGCCUCUUCAGACGUGACACGGCAAUUAAAGAAGAAGAACGAAGAAUUAGCAGAAAUAACAAAUAUAGAUAAUGCUGAUGAUUCUAAAUCAGGUGAACAAGUUACUACUUCAGCAACAGCUGAACAAGAAGAUGAUGUUAUUCAUGAUGUUCCACUUACUGAAGAAUCUCUCCCUAACGAAGAAGAAAUUGACUUGAUUCAGAUUGCUAAGGAAGUAGAGCAACUGCAAAACAAUGAAGAAACAGAACCUAUAUCAGAAGUUCGUUCAGAAGAAAGUAUGACUAGUAUUGACGACUUGCUACCUCAGCAGUCUUUAACAAAAAUUGAAGAUACGUCAAUUUUACCAGUAAAUAAAUUGCAAGCUAGCCAAGCAAAACAAGGUCAAGAAGAUAUAACCCUAAGCGAUAAGGAACUUCGAGAAAUUGAAGCAAUUAGAGCUGCUGUAGCAAGCAUAACUGAUAGCUCACAAGAUACUUAUGACAGUUAUAUUGUUGAAAGUUCAGCGACACCAAUUGAUAAUAUAGCUGAAAUAUCAAUGGAGCUUCCAGAAUUAUCUUGUGGCAUUACUGAAAUUGAUUCGGGUAAUUCUCAGAAUGCCUCUGAGCCAAUAAUUAUGGAAGAAACAGCAGCACUAACUAUUAGCAGCAUUUCGGAAAUAAGUAACUCAGAAAAGACCCAAGAAGUAGGCUUAUUAAAGAAGAGCAGUGAUAGUAAUGAAGUGAGUGUUGAAAUCAAGCCGGAAAUACAAACAGAAAAGCCAUCAAGUCAGGAAGUUCAACAGAUGCCAAACAGUUCAGGUGAUGUAAGUGUCGAUGUAACAGCUUCAGUUUCAAAAAUCGACAGUGUAGAACAGAAGGACGAAUCAUUGUCAAAGGAAGAUGACAUUUCUGCAAAGGACGCCAAAAAUAAGGAAAAUGUGAGCGAAGAAAUUUCAGAAUCAUCUAAAGUUACAGUAGAGGAAAAUGAAGUUGUUGAGUCUGAUACUUCAUUAAAUGACAAGUCGAAGAACAAAGGAAGGAAAGUAACAAAAGUAAAUGAACCUUUAUCCAUCAACGUCGAUGAAGGAGAGCGUGAAAAGGUUUAUAGUCCUAAGAUUACUAUUAAACCGCUCAAGGUUCCUGAUGAUGAAGUGAGCACUACUUCAGAUGCAGAGAUUAAUAAAGGCAGCUUAAAAAUGACCAUUACUAAACAAUCAGAUAAAAUGCAUUCUAUUCUCAAGGUUUUUAAUCCUGAAGAUAAUUCUGAAUUAGAAACCAAUCAUGAGGAGCCAAUUCCAAAACUCAUCAUUAAACCAAAAGCACAGACUGAUCAGCAGCAUAGUCCAAAGAUAACCCGUAGUGCAAAAGUCUAUUCCCCAACAAGUACACAGAGAUGCGCAAGUCCGAGAAUAACUAUCAAACCUGUUGUAAAGCCUGCUGAAAGCAAAAGUGAAGCUCUAAGCCCAUUAAAAAUUACUUUCAAACCUGUAGUGAAACCGGAAGAUGUAUCUAAAAGACAAAGUCCUAAAUCUUUAAAGGAACCAGAUUUGAAGAACCACAAUCCAAAAAUCACGAUAAAGCCAAUUCAAAAGCCUUCAGAGCAAGAGAAAGAUGAUGUCGCUCCGUCAACGCCGAAGGUUACUAUUAAACCAGUGAAAAGACAUAUUGAGGAAACUGAUUUGGAUGAAGAAAGAUCAAGUCCAAAAAUUACAAUCAAGCCUUUGGUGAGACCAACUGAAGAUGUCGAACAAUCGGGCCCGACAACGCCUAGGCUCAUUAUAAAACCAAUUAAAAAACAAGAAGAUGAGGCGGAUCAAGGCAGGUCUAGUCCAAAAAUAUCGAUCAAACCGAUAGUUAAGCAUCCAGAAUCGGAAAUUGACGAUGAGGAGGUCAAGGAAAGGAUCGUAUUAAAAAUUAAUAAGGGAAAUUUACCCACUCCUGUAAAGGACAAGAAGAGGGAACAUCCGGACGAAGAAAAGACGGGAAAAAUUAAACUUAAAUUUUUGACAAGCGGAGGUCACACGCAUAUCGUUCAAGACGGCGAAGAGAGUAACAAGCGUCAGAAGAAAGAUGUUGUCUAUGCUGCAAGUUUAACUGGAACCAAGAACGUCGAGGAAUCAUCCAAUAAAAGAUUGUCAGAGGAACGACAGCCAGAGAAAAAUAAACGGCUAAGAAGUUCUAUAACUCCAGAGAAGGAUGUGAGAGAACAAAAGUUAAACUCUCCUAUUGUCAUAAACGAUGACUCCAGUAGGUCUCAGAACAGUUCCGACUCGAUCGGCAUACAAAAUACAUCUGCUGCAACUCCAGACAUUUCCAAAAUAUCUGAGUUGGCUUCACGGACGACUCACAUUGAAGCUUCCCCUGUUCUGACGGUGGGCGUUGCCACUCCAACUUCCAUGCCUAAAAAACGGGGCAGACCAAGGAAGGUUCCACUCGAAAUUCGACCUGAACUAACGGAUUCGUUAGGAACACAAUCUUCACCAGAUACUAGCACUGGCCCUUCGCCAUCAUCGACACCUGAAGGCGUUACUACUUCUGGAGGUCGUCCAAAAAGAAGCUGCAGAGGUCAAGGUGUUAUCGCUACGCUGGGUAUCAAACCCAGGAAACCAAGAGGAAGGGGCAGGGGUAGCAAAGUGAAUAUGGGCGAUAGAAUGCCGGUGGUCGAACCAGUAACGCCGGUGGUUGAACCAGUAACGCCGGUGGCGGAACCAGAAACGUCCGUAUCGCCCACUCCAAUCGAAUCGACUCCUGUUAAACCCGAAAAGGAGCAGAAAGUAAGCAAGGCCAGGCUUAAAUUGAUGCAAAGCGGUGAUGAGGAGGCCAAAAAACAAGAAGCCGAGCAAAGAAAUUUAAAGCAGGGUGCGGCAAUACCCGAAAAAAGUGUUAAAGUACAAGAAAAACUGGGAAAGGAAGUUUUAAAAGUUAUCUUAGAAGCCCGCUUACCCGAACAGAAAUAUUUACCGAAAAAUCCAUCAGAUUCAGUAGCAAAACAAAAGCCAGCUAAAAGUUCUGAGAUUACUGAAAAGAAAUUAGGAGAGCAUCUUAAAGGAAUUACUAUUACUAAGGUCCCCAGUAAUGCAAAGUCAACAAAAACUAGUACCCAAUUUCACGCCAGCGAUUUUACUGAUACCGUUAUAAUACUAAGCGACGAUGACGAUACUAAUCCAGAGGUUAAACAAAUUGAAAAUAGUGAUGGGGGUAAAACAUCAGAGGAACCUAAAGUAGAGGAAAAGCUUGUUGAAAGUGAGAGUGGAGUUGACAUGACAGAAGGUAGAGACUUGGAAGAGGCAACCGGAGAUGACGAUGCAGCUGUAGCUAGUGAUGAUAGUGAAGAAGAAAGGAAGAAGGCGCUAAUGAAACAGAGAAAAUUAGAAGCUAUUCGAAAAUGUCGCGAAAAACGUUUGGAAAAAUUAGCCAAAGCCGCUGAAAUGAAGAAGAAAAGACAGGAACAAGCCAAACAACAACGUGAGGCGAGAAUCGCGGCUGAAGAAGCUGAAAAAACCUCGUCAGAUAAGUCUAAAACGAAUAAAAGAUAUGGAAGGUAUGGAACUCCUAAGCCCCAAAUAUCUUUAGUAGACGAACCCGUAAAAGAAGCUGGAGGUACUGUGAAAAGUCCGAGGGGUCUAUUUGAUUCUGUUACAGAAGAUGUUAAAAUCUCUCAGCCAAUCGUUAUUACUGAUGAAGAAGAUAGUAAUUUAACCAGCAAUCAAUCUUUAAAACAGAUAGAAACCUCAAACCUGUCACUUCCGAGCACUUCAAACCAGUCGGCGGUAUCGCCUCAGAAGUUCGUCCCCGAACCUAUGGCCGUCGAUUCGGAAGAGGGUUCCCUUGUGGUCCAGGCUAAAUUCGAGCAUUCGAUAGCGUCCGACGAUGUUGUAAUGAUCGACGAAGAGACGAGAAUGAGCGCGGAUCUGGUUGGUUCCAGAGCGCAGACGCCGGCCAAGCAAACCGCCGCGCAGCCAGAAACCAUCGUCGAGGAUUCGCAAAGUAGCUUGGGCGCGGAAAGCGUCGGUGGGGGUAAAUCUAAAAGUUCAAAGGCGCCGCGCUUAGAGGUUUUCCAGGAACCAGAUACAAAUGUGCUCACUGUAGAUCAGCUAGCGGAAUAUAUGUGGAAUGGACAAGGUCCAUUUAUGUUACAAGAGCAGGUGGCCCAAUUUCUGGGUAUUAAAUCGUUUAAAAGAAAGUACCCCAACGUUGCAAGACGUCCGGUAGAUAUGCAAGAAAGAGACUACCUUAAAGAAAAUGCCUUGGCAACAGAGACAUUGUGCGACUUAGGCCUGACAGCAGUCAAUGCCUCGGAUAUUUUGGAUAUUAUGUAUUCCGACUUUCAGGAAAAAUAUGAAGAAUACUGUAAAGCACAACGUGAAAAACAGGCCAGAGAACUGGCAAUUAAACAAAAAGCCCUCUCCUCACAACAAGCUCUAAAACAAGGGACUGAGAAAAUGGACAUAAUAGAGCAAGCUAUUCAGUCCGCUGCUCAGUGGAAUAAGCAAUUUAAUAAGGAAAGAAAUGAACAAAGAAAGGCCUCCAUGGACCUCCAAAACUUGACUGUCCACUAUCCAAAAUCAAAAACUAGAGUCCAACCAAAAGAUAAGACUGGAAAUUACCCGGUCGCGUUAGUUCCAGGACAAUUUACCGAUUAUUACAACAACUUUACACCCACAGAAUUAAACAAUUUACCAUUAAAUACCAUGUGCUACGAUGAAAUAAAAGUACCCAUGCUCGACGAUUCUUCGGAAGAAUCUGACAGUGGAUCUGAUUCAGACUCGGACAGUAGUUCGAGCGGAUCGUCUUCUAGUUCAGAAUGCGAUGACGCAGACUGUGCUGAAUGCAAGAUGCGUAGCGAGGUGCAGGCAAAUGGCACUACUGACAUAAAGCCUAUUAUACCUGAGGAGAAUAAAUCUCAAGCUAUUCAGGCGUCCGCUACAGCUUAAUUUAAAGACAACAAUAGACGUAUAAGUAUAUAGAUUUGGUCGUCAUCAAGGGUGGUCUGGAUUUUAACGCGUGAGACAGUUUAAUGUUAAUGGAGACAGUUUAACGAAAAAUCAAAUGUAUUAAAAAGAGAACAAAGUUGGGU